CAUUUCCCGUAGUAACCUUUCCGGUCUAUCCGCUGGUGCGUUUGCGCCUCCUGCCUGGAGAGAGCGAGAGGUGGAGAAGAGUUCACUUUACUGGAGUUUAAGGUCUGGUGUCGGUGUCCGUCUGGAGUAAAACGGUUGUUUGUGGCCAGGCACGAAGCCCCUGUACACGGAGCCAAGAUGCUGAACAUGUGGAAGGUCAGGGAGAUGGUGGACAAAGCAACCAACGUGGUGAUGAACUACUCAGAGGUAGAAUCUAAAGUCAGAGAGGCCACCAAUGACGACCCCUGGGGACCAUCCGGACAGCUGAUGACUGAAAUCUCAAGAUCCACUUUCAUGUAUGAGCAGUUUCCAGAGGUGAUGAACAUGCUGUGGGCCCGCAUGUUGAGAGACAGCAAGAAGAACUGGAGGAGAAUCUACAAGUCUCUGCUGCUGCUGGCCCAUCUAAUCAGGAAUGGAUCAGAGAGGGUUGUAACCAGUACCCGAGAACAUCUGUAUGACCUUAAAUCAUUACAAAGCUACCACUUUGUAGAUGAAAAUGGGAAGGACCAGGGUGUGAAUGUGCGUCAGAAGGUGAAGGAGAUGGUGGACUUUGUCCAGGACGAUGAGAGGCUGAGGGAAGAACGGAAAAAAGCAAAGAAGAAUAAAGACAAAUACAUCGGGGUAUCCUCAGACAGUAUGGGAUACAGAGGUUACUCGGGAGACAGGUACGACUCGAGCGAGAACCAAGGAAAGUGGGAUGACGACUGGGAUAGGAGUAAAGGGCAGUUCCCCUUCAGCGAGAAGUUUGGAGAGAUAAGCGACAAAAUUGGCACCACCAUAGAUGACACCAUCAGCAAAUUUAGAAAGAAGGAGAGAGACGACUCACCAGAUCAAUUUAGUGACCACGAAGAGGAGCGGGGUCGCUCAUCUCACAACGGCCAGUCUGGAAAAGAGUUCAAAGAUGAAGAGGAGACUGUUACCACCAAGAGCCUCCAGAUAGUUCAAGCAACAGAGACAACGGCAACACGCAAAAGAGGGGGCCCCUCCAAGAAAGUAGACUUGGGGGCCGCAGCCCACUACACAGGAGACGGAAGCCCGAGCACCACCACCCAACAGCCCCAGCCAGCAGCAGCUGCAGCUUCAGCCCCUCAGCCUUCCAGUAGCGGCCUAGUGGACCUACUAAUGGUGGACCCAACACCGAGCCAGCCCACUGCCACAGACCUUUUCGGGGGAUUUGCUGACUUCUCUUCACCUGCUGCUUCCGUAGGCCUCCCCUCAGGAUCUGCAGCACCAGCCUCUAACAGUACUGGAGACUUUGGAGAGUGGAAUGCCUUCCCCGGAGGUCAGAUGCCAGUAUCCGGUCAGACUGCCGACACCAGCAAAAAUGACCUCUUUGGCACCAUUACAGCAGUUCCUGCCACUGUCACGGCACCCGUCCCAGUCUCAGCUCCUGCCUCUGCUCCCGCCUCAGCAGACCUGUUUGAUUUGAUGGGUCCAACUCAGACCCUCAACUCCUCCCAGAGCCUCAACUUUAGCAUGAGCAGCACACAGAGCAUGAGCAGCACAAUCCUGCCCCAGUCUACAUCACAGCCCCUCCAGAACAUGGGGGGUUCACUACAUCUGCAGCCUCUCCAGCCCUUCCAGUCUGUGCAGCAGGGAGUGGCCUCUCAAGAUGCUGGAGCCAAAGCGUCCCUCCCCUCCACCUGGUCGGACCACUCUGUUAACAUCAGCCUGGAUUUCUUGGGUCCAGGAAUUAGUCCCACCAAGCCGAACCAGCCCAGUCUCAACACUCUCCAACAUGGUAACCAGGGCAACAUACUCUCUCAAGGAGUUUCUAGCAUGAGUCUUGGAACUACAGCAGUCAGACCGCCCGUAAAUCCCAUGAUGCACCCUGGUGCUGGAAUGGGGAUGGGCAUGGGAAUGGCUAUGACCCCCAACCAGAGUAUGAUGGCUAUGGGCAUGAACAUGGGGAUGCCACAGGGAGGUAUGACUAUGGGGAUGCCCUGUGCCAUGGGGAUGAAUCCUGCAAUGGUCCAACAGCCCAAACAUGAUGCCUUUGCUGACUUCGGCAACUUUGGAAAGUGAUGCAGCUGGAGAGCAAAGAUUGUCAGGAGGAGCAGUGUGGGUUUCUUUCUUUCUAUCUCUCCCUCUCUGUCUCUCUCUCUCUCUCUCCGUCCAUUGGUGAAGGAUUGUUAUGAGCUGCAAACAAAGAGUACUUGAAUAAUGUCAAUUAUUAUAAUACCAACACCCUGCAAUCUCCUUCUUUUGAAAGUAAUGCCGCAUAGUGAUAAAGGUAUAAGUGUGUGUGUGCGUGCGUGCGCGCGUGUGUGUGUGCUGUUUCAACCAAUGAUGUGCCAGGUCUGGGCUGGUGGUCAAACACACACACUGAUAGUGUGCCUUGAGUUAGUGAUGAAUUGGUCAGAAGAAGAAGGUGUGUGCCAGCGUGAGAAUGUCAGAGGUAUUUGCUUUAUAACCUCAAUCAAAUGAAAUCACCAGAAUAGCAAAAACAAAACAAAAAAAACUAUAUCCAUAGCUGCAUAAUUUUUUUACUUCACUGUAUGGUGACUUUGGAUAACAUGAUCCGCCAUUUUAACUUUCUAAUGUAGUACAAUUUCCGAUUGUCAAGUUACCUCUUUUUUGUCCUCGUUCUUCCUUUGACCUGUAAAUAUAAGUCUGGAGCCCUUAAAAAUAAGUUAUGAAGUUCCUAAUAGAAGAAGCAGUGACAAUGUGAAGGGUUGUAUCCUACAGACCAAACAAGAUCUGACUUAAGACCUAUAACAAAGCACAUUGACACCUUCUCUUUGUACAUAAGUGUCCACACUCUCCGGAUGUGGCUGUUAUAUUCCUUUAUGUAACAGUGAUCUGUCGGCAGCGCUGCAGUAACGUCAUGAGUGUUUGGAGUGAAAGCUGUUGAUUAAUAUGUAGGAGUUUUUCCUUGAACAGCCCAUAAUUUUGUGGCCUUUCAUUUUGAUAUAUAUAAAUAUAUAUCUAUAUAUUUUAUCUAAGAGAAAUAUUAUAAUCAGUUUGCAUCCAAAUGAGAUAAUCAGUAGGUAGAAAGAGCCUCAUACAGUGGGUUGUGGGUUCAUUAUUACAGCACAGAGUGCCUGAGACCUUUGCCUUUUUCUCUUCAGUUCCCCUCUUUGGAGGAGACAAUGCGAGUGUUCAGUGUUGAGGACGGUGACCAGAACCGAAAUUCUCUACGAUGUACAAAAAUGUGUUUGUACUUGCACCUCAAGCCAAGUUUGCUGUCUGUAGAUUAGUUUUUUUCCAUAUCUUUAUUCAAGUGCAUGGUCUUUAGGUUGGAGAGCAGGACUUACUGAUUUCACAUUCAGAUAUUGCAAUCUUUUCACUCAAAACCCUGCGCUUGAACUCCAAGAGAAAUCCGAGAGCAGACUUUGAGCGCGAGGAGAAACGAUGAAGCUGGAGUAUCGGGACUCUGAGGUUAAGUGCACAAUUUGAGCACAAGCAGAGCAAAUGUGAGCACGAGCAGGGGCUAUUUGAGUGCAAGUGCAUGGGUUUGACUGAAAGCAUUACAUAAUCUGAAUGUGAGAUCAGAACUGAAAAACCACACUAUAAAGAUAGUAGAAAACAUCUGUACAGAUAUCAGAUGCAGCUGUGUGAACGUUUCAUUUGUUCUGUCCCAUGCACAUCUGUAUUGUUCGGGCCAGUGAUUACUUCAGUUGUCAAGGAAAGUGGCACCUCCAGUGUUGAUGCAGACUGUUAUUGAGAUGGUAUCACACAUCUCUCUGUCGUCUAUUUAAAUGUUCCAACGGUGCAUCUUGGAUAAUGCUGCCUCCUCACUUUCCAUCUUUAUUAAUGUUACACAUUAAACACAGCAAUCUUGAAAACAUUGUCAUUAGUCCAAGUCUAUAUGUGUUGCGACUCAUCAGGUACGGAGAACUGUGAAAGGAAAGAGCGCGAGUUGCAGUAGGUUAAUUGUGGUUGGAUGAGGAUGUGUUGUGUAACAGACAAUGAAGAAACUUGUUCAGCUGUACAGCAGCUACGUGAUCUGUGAGAUUCAAGUGCCUGCCGACAGUUGCCUCCUGACCCUUGUAAUGAGCGAUUGAUAAUAAGUAACUCUCGGCUGCCUGACAUAUUUGGUAUGUCAACGAUGAGCUAAAUAAUUCACCAGCCAGAGGAGCAGGCGGUGGAGUCUGUUGCCCCAGGAGAAUAGAAGUUGUGCUUCCUUACUCUCCAAGGGUUCGACAAGCUGAGCACACUAACACAUAGUAGCCUUGCAUUGGAGUCUGAAGCAUUAAAAUGACCAAAAUCUGUUUGUUGUUUUAUUCAACUAUUUCAGUAGAUUGUUUUAUGCAUUUUCUUUUUUUUUUAACAUUAAAUCGUUUUGAUCUUCUCUAAAAUGGGAUUGUUACUGAGACACUAGUAUAUGCAAAUGUACAAAAAAGAUUGAAAAUCCUUUUAGAGAAAAUACAUUUUGCAUCAUUCCCAUUUUGAUUUGAUUUACACAUCGAGAUUCUUUAUCUACAACAUUAAACAGUUGAUUGAAA